GCUUUAGUCUGCAGUUGAUCGGUUUAUACGGUGUUGAUUGCACUCCCCUGAGCUAGCCAGGGCCUUGCCUGCGAUGCGACUUUAGCGUUCGUAUUUAACAUUUCUUCAUAAUUUCAGCACUCAAAAAUCAUGGCAGACGACGAGUUAGAAGCAAUUCGACGGCAAAGAAUGGCAGAACUCCAGGCAAAACACGGGGAUUCCUCAAAGAAUCAGCAAGGAGAGGAGGCCAAACAAAGAGAGGAGAUGAAGAACUCCAUAUUGUCCCAAAUUCUAGACCAAUCUGCUCGUGCCAGAUUGAACAGUCUUGCUUUGGUAAAGCCAGAGAAGGCCAAAGUGGUUGAGAAUUAUCUCAUUCAAAUGGCUCAGUAUGGAUCGUUAGCAGGAAAGAUUUCAGAUUCAGACUUGAUUGAGAUCCUAGAAAAAGUCAGCAAGCAAACAGAGAAAAAAACAACAGUCAAAUUCAACAGGCGGCGGGUGGACUCAGAUGAGGAAGAUGAUUAGCUCACAGCUGGAGCUGUUGAAUGAGCCAGGAAAUGCAAGGGACGGAUUUCACUGGGACUCUUUGACCAGUGUGUUCCUGUUAGCAUCCUGGAAUGCCGCACUUGUUUCUGUGUGCCUCUGGAAAAGACACACCUGGAGAGGAGAACAAAGAAACGGAAUUGACAAAAUGAUUGGGUGAAAGUCCCAAGACAUGUUGGUUAAAAAACAUACAGUGUCAAAUACAGUGUUUGCUUGCGGUUUCAUUACACAUUUGCGUUACUCUUGUUGAAUUAUUGACAACACGACUGUUUUACUCCCCUAUUCAGUUUUCAUGAUUCUUUUUCUUCAUCAUGGUUUCAAAUAUUCACCCACAGAAACUGGAAAAAAAAAAAAACAGCAGAUGAACUCAUUACUCUCCCGGGGAUGUUGGACUUGGAAAUCUUUUUGCAAACAAACAUGUAUCUUUAAUGUUUACAAAAAAUAAAAACAAAAAAAAAGGCCUUACAUUAAAAAAUUGUUCCAGCUG